AUGGUAGAACGAGCCUGGUCCCUCCCUUUGACGGACAUCCCCAGGGAGGGGCACGGUUGCUCCCUGGCAGGUUCAGACAGGCAGAGAGAGCCCCGCGGCUGUGAGAAAGCUGAAGCUUCCUUCCCCCUUCCUGCCUGCCCUCUGCGCACCCUCCCUGCUGCCACACAGCUGAUGAAGUGCUCGUGGAGGACCAUGAUGGCAGCAGAGGAGGCUUCAAGCUGCCAGGUUCCCUGCCGGCCCUGGGCAUCCAUCGUGAGGAUGACUAUCUCAGUGAUUAUUAUCACGGGCACAUGCUACCUCAUCUGCAACCUGUACUUCAGCCAGCAGCAGCAGCCGGAUUCAACCAGGUGGGACUUAGCAGAGCUCCAGCUGAAUCACACAGGGUUGCGGCAGGACCCCAGGCUGCGCUGGCAGGGGGACCCCGCCCUGGGACGCUCCUUCCUGCAUGGGCCAGAGCUGGACGACGACGGGCAGCUGCGGAUCCAACGUGAUGGCAUUUAUAGGCUGCACAUCCAGGUGACAUUAGCCAACUGCUCCUCCUCCACGUGGACUGCCGAGCCCCAGAGAGCCACGCUGACGGUGGCCAUCUGCUCCCCUGCCGCCCACAGCAUCAGCCUGCUACGCCUCAGCUUCCAGCGCGGAGGCUGCUGGGUCGCCUCCCAGCGCCUCACCUUCCUGGCUCGCGGGGACGUUCUCUGCACCAACCUUACUCUGCCUCUGUUGCCUUCCAGAAACGCUGAUGAGACUUUUUUUGGGGUUCAGUGGGUGGGCCCUUGACCCUGGCACUUCCUAGCCCAGGUUGUUUAAUACACUUUUUUUUACUUUCUCUUUCUUUUUCUUUCUCUUUAUCUUUCCUUUUCUUUCUUUUUCUUUCUUUCUUAACUUUCUUUUUCUUUCUUUUUUCUUUUGCUUUAUUUCUUGUUUUCUUUUUCUUCUUUUUCUUUCUCUUUUUUCCUUCUCUUUCUUUCUUUUUUUUUUUUUUUCCAGCCCCCUUCUAGCAUGUGAGAUCUUAGUUCCCCAGCCAAAUGUGGAAUUCACACUCCUUGCAAUUGAAGGGCACUCUCA